AUGCUGCCCCAUGUGUUCCCAGAGCUCCUUCGGUCGACCGAGGUGCUCGUGAUCCCACCCACUCUGCCUUCCUUACACCCACAAGGCCUGUCGGACGAUGCGCGCAGGCGGCUCAAGAAGUUUGGGGCAAUCAUCGAUCUUUACCGGAGGCCGCAGACGACAGGGGACCCCGUCAACCCAGGCCUGCAACCAGAGUCGUUAUUGGAAAAGCUUUGGGCCGAUGUGAGUGCUAGCUCUCCGAUAGCCUCUGCAUUGCCCCAGCCCGCCGCCGUCCGGACCGCCAUUGGCGACUGCUACUUCCUACGACCCUGCACCUACACGUUCCUUGGCGCGACCCGUCCUUUUACGAUCAAAGCUCUGCGGCACUUCAUCAAUGAGGCCCGCUAUCCCUCGCUGCACGACGGCUCACGACUCAAGUGGCCAACAGAUCUCACAAAGUCACAGAAGCAACAGUUCUGGAUCUGGCUCAACAGUCAAUGGGCAACAGCGGUCGAAAAGGACGUUCACUGGAAACUGAUCUUCGGGGCGACGCCGACAUGCGUUCUGCAACAUCACCAUGGUCACGCUGCAUCUGAUGGGUGUCCACAGUGCGGCCAACGAGACACCUUCAUGCACUUCUACUUCGAAUGUGAUCAUUCACGUGAGUUCUGGCGCCUGACCUUGCAGCUGCUGAGGGUUGCACUUGGCCAGGCAGGUGACUUCCAACCUGGCGAAGUCGACUCUCCUCAGAUCAUGCUUGGCCUUCCUCGGGUGCGUGGCGAAAGUCGUGACUCUCGGACCUACAUCGUCGUUCGGGUCGUUCUUGCGAUUGCUUUCAACAAGCUCUACCUUGCUCGAUGGCAUCAGCACAAGGAUCAAAUUCCCCUACCGACCCCGUACUUUCUUACUCGCGAAGUCCGCUCGCAUCUCAAAUUCUGA